UUUCCACUAACCGAAUUUUCCUCUGAAAAUCAACCAGAAAAAGGAGAAAAGAAAAAAAGAAGUACGGAUUGGUUCAGAUCGAAAAGGAAGAUCAUCCCCAAACCCCUUUCUCCUAUCUCAUAGAUCUUCUAAACCUCUAUCCCAGGUAAUCACCGUGUGUAUAUAUCUCUCUCUUUAUAGAUCGACGUACGGAAUCGGGUAGGACAUGGGUUGCUCCUCUUCGGUUCCAGAUAGGAGUUUGGGACAGAAAGGAGGACUUAAUCCUGAAAGUGCUGUCACAAAUGAUCCUAAAAAUCUUCGGGUGAAGCUCGUACUUUUGGGUGAUUCUGGUGUUGGAAAAAGUUGCAUCGUUCUGCGUUUUGUCCGUGGUCAAUUUGAUCCAACAUCAAAGGUGACUGUCGGGGCUUCUUUUCUAUCUCAGACAAUAGCCUUGCAGGAUUCUACUACGGUUAAGUUUGAAAUUUGGGAUACUGCUGGUCAGGAAAGGUAUGCAGCACUUGCACCACUUUACUACAGGGGUGCUGCUGUUGCAGUUAUUGUUUAUGAUAUUACAAAUCCUGAUUCAUUCAUCAAAGCACAAUAUUGGGUUAAGGAAUUGCAGAAGCAUGGAAGCCCUGAUAUAAUCAUGGCUCUUGUUGGCAACAAAGCUGAUCUCCUGGAAAAACGAGAAGUCUCUGUCCAAGAUGCAAUUGAUUAUGCUGAAAAGAAUGGCAUGUUCUUUAUCGAAACUUCUGCUAAAACAGCAGAUAAUAUAAACCAACUGUUUGAGGAGAUUGCUAAGAGACUUCCUCGCCCACCUGCCUCUUGAUUGUCAAGCAUGGAAAAAGCAACAAUGCGCGAUAGAUUGCCGCUUACGUCUGUAAUAUUAUGUAAAUGAAAGAUUUCCAGCUUCUUCAUCUUCUCGCCGAGAUUAAUCUAAGUUUGACUAGAUGCUCUUCAAAUAUGUCUUGGAGGCACAGCUAUUACUUGAAUCUUCUGAUGGAGGCAUAUCUCAAAUGCCCAUUUCUACACAUUCUGGACUUGGAUGUGUGUUUUGAAAUAGUAUUGCGUGUUUUGUCAACUGCCAAAAUUAUCAUAUUUUACAUAUUCCCAUUUAAUUGAAGAUUAAUAUUUGAUGAACUA